AGAAGGGGGAUCAGGUACUCUGGACAUUCUAUGCAGAAGAAGAUUCUCGGAGACUCCAUUGCUAAAUGUUUCUAGCGCCUCGUCUAUGGUCUGGGAGGGGGCUGCGGCAGCGACUGGCUUCACACAGAGUGAGUUCCGUCCCAAGUCUACCCUCGUCUUUUUUUUAAUCUCUCUUUUUUUCUUUCCCUGUCUCUGGCUUUCUCUCGCCCCUGGUGCCCAGGGCGCAGGCCUGCAGGCCUGGGCUGGGCGCUCACCCACCGCCCCCGCCAUUCUCCUUCCUCCAUCUUAACCCCUCCCUCUCCUCCUCCGCCCGCGGCUGCCGGCGCCCAAGCUUCGUUGCUGUGCCCUAGGCUCGCUCUGCCUUUCCUUCGCGCUUAGCCCCACCGCGGGGACUAAGCAGAGGUAAGGGAGCCCGUUGUUGGGGUGGGAUGUUGUUGCCGACUUGUACUUCCCAAGCGCUUAGUACAUUGCUCUGCACACCGUAAGCGCUCAAUAAAUACGGUUGAAUGAAGGGAGGCAGAGCCGCGGUCAUUAGCGGCCAGGAGCGCGUUCCCUGUUCUCAACCCGUUCUUUGCGUUUCGCAACUUGAUUCCAUCGCCCCGCCCCGGUGUUUACGGUUUACGAGUCACGCGAUGGACUCUCGUUGGCGUCCCGGGCAGUGAGGAUUUCUUUCGCCGGUCGCCGAGGGACCCUGGCGGUUGCACGCGGCCUGCUCCUCUCCUUGUUGCCCGUCCCCAGGGACCGUUCAACUGGACCAGGAACUCAAACCUGAAAAGGAGAUUCAGGUCAAGAAUAUCUUGAAAGAAGCAGCUCUGAGCCUCCCUUGAAAUGGCAAACUGGACUAAUAUCCUGUCCACACAAAAUAAUCUGAGCAAAGGAGUGAACCCUGACAUUGAGAGAGAACGCAAAAUCAAGUCAUUCAAUGUAGAGAAACUCACUAACUUUCUGGAUGGCAGUGCAGAGGAAACCAAGAAGAGGAGGAGGGUCGAAAAAAUUAUUUUCAGUGAUCCAGUUUUUAUGAACAAAAGCAUUUAUUUUAUGAACCAGAAUGAGAGAUAUGAAGCAGCCAUUCAGAAGACUGUCCGGUUGAAGAUGAUAAUGAAGCAAAUGGGCUGGAUUGAAAAUGGACUUGAAAUGAUCUACUGUUAUAGGGCCCUUGGAGGAGAUUUGGCUUUUAACAUUCACAGCAUAUUUCAGGAAGCUGUCAUGGGGCUGGGCUCAGAUGAACAGAUUGCCAAGUGGAUACCACCAGCACAAAAUUUUCAGAUAAUAGGAACCUAUGCUCAAACAGAGCUGGGGCAUGGUACAUACCUACAAGGGCUGGAGACCACUGCAACCUUUGACUCUUCCACCAAGGAAUUUGUAUUGAAUACACCAAAGCUGACUGCAACCAAAUGGUGGCCUGGAGAUUUGGGAAGAACAGCAACCCAUGCUUUGGUGUUAGCCCAGCUUUACAGUGGAGAAAAGUGCCAAGGCAUGCAUGCCUUCAUCGUGCCCAUCCGGAGCCUGCAUGACCACUCUCCCCUGCCAGGAAUAACUGUGGGAGACAUAGGGCCCAAAAUGAACUUUGAACAAACCGACAAUGGCUUUCUCCAGCUGAAUAAAGUGCGGGUCCCUCUGGAAAACAUGUUGAACAGAUUCUCCCAGGUUUUGCCCGAUGGUACCUACCUAAAACAGGGAGCCGCAAAGAGCAACUACCUCACCAUGGUGCUGGUACGAGCCCAGCUGCUUUCGGGUGAAAUCCUAGACCAUCUGAAGAAAGCCUGCAUUAUUGCCAUUAGGUACUCUGUGAUUCGCCACCAGUCCAAGAUCCAACCCAGUGACCCAGAAGUCAAGAUCUUUGACUACCAGACUCAACAGCAGAAACUGCUGCCCCAGCUCGCCACAGCCUAUGGUUUUCACUUUACCGCCCAGAGCGUUUCUGAAUUCCUCAAGAGCUGCUAUGAAGAUAUCGUGAAUGGUAACUUCACUCUGCUUCCAGAGCUUCACGCUCUGACUGCAGGCCUGAAAGCCAUGGUAACAGAGACCACUACUCUUGGCACAGAGAUCUGCCGAAGGGCUUGCGGUGGCCACGGCUACUCCCUACUGAGUGGCCUGCCUUCCUUGGUCACCAAAGUCACAGCUUCUUGCACUUAUGAAGGAGAAAACACCGUUCUCUAUCUGCAGACUGCCAGAUUUUUGCUAAAGAACUUCAUGCAGGUUCAGUCUCUCAGCUCUCCAGAGACCCUUCCAACAUCUGUCAGGUACCUGACUUCUUCCAACACCAGGAGAUGCCAGGCCAGGAAGCCGGCAGACUUCCUCAAUCCAACCCUUUACACCGAGGCCUUUAAGCAUGUAUCACUAAGGCUCAUUCAGAAUGCAGCCCUUAAGAUGCAUAAUUUGACUGAGGGAGGGACCAAUCAGUAUGAAGCCUGGAAUCAGACUUCAGUUCUGCACGUCUUCGCUGCUAAGGCUCAUUGCCACUAUUUCAUCGUGAAAACUUUUGCUGACAGUCUAGUGAUGUUCAAAGAUGAUCCUGAACUCUAUAGAGUGAUGAAAAAUCUCUGUGACCUCUAUGCACUCGAUGGUAUUUUAUCCAAUACUGGAGACUUUCUGCAUGACAACUUCAUGUCUGGGGACCAAGUAGAAAUGGUAACAGAAACUUACCUAGGCCUGCUUCCUGUAAUCCGGAAGGAUGCAGUUUUGCUGACUGAUGCGUUUGACUUUUUGGAUGAGACUUUAAAUUCAGCCCUGGGCUGUUAUGAUGGAAAUGUCUAUGAGCGUCUGUUUCAGUGGGCUCAAAAAUCUCCAACCAAUACCCAGGAGAAUCCUGCCUUUGAGAAAUAUCUGAAGCCACUUUUACAAAGUUUUCCAUCCAAACUAUGAUGCUAAUGGCAACUUGAACCAGAGAAAGCAAACAUCAAUCUCUUGCAUUUCCCCUUAUACAGGUUCCUUGUUUUUCCUUUAAUUAUUUUGUUUAAAUUUACAUUGCAUGUCAUGCCUUGUAUAGUUCUAAUCCACACAUUUAAUGUGAGUAAAGAAACUCUUCCCCAAGUGCCUAAUUCCAAUCACCAUUAAAACUCCCGGAUCCCUAUCCAAACUAGAAAUUAUUUUUGUAGUUAUUAAUAAGCAGCUCUCUUUAUACUAAAACAAUCCUUAAUCCUACUGCAUUUAUAUAUUCAAAAUCUGUUACAGUUUACAUCUUUCUUUACUUUUAACACUGCCUUUCCAGCUCACAUGUGGAACUGAUUUGGAAAAACAUUCAAAACCAAUCCAUAAGGAUCAACUGGACACUCUUCUGCCCCUCCCAAUUUGGAAGUAAACAAUAAAUUGCCUCAUUCA